AUGCGAUUAUAUAUUGGACUGUUGGGUGCAAUGGCAACGGCAUUGUUCUCCAGCCACCGGUCCGGCCUAUCGGUAGCUAUCGUAUCGAUGGCUAAGUAUAAUAGUAGUGCACAUAAACAUGACUCGGAUGGCCAGUGCUGGCAACCAGACAGCACUGGUAGCUCACAGGGUAACGACAGUAGUGUCGACGCAGUCAUAAUUAGAGGCGAAUUUGAUUGGAGUGAAUCAUUGCAGGGUAUAAUACUAGGUUCCAGUUUCUAUAUGUAUUUGGUAACGCCAACACUUUCUGGUCGUAUUACCGAACGAUUCGGCUCCAAAUGGGUGACACUGGUGUCACUAACGGCUCCGGCCGUACUAUACUCACUGAUACCGACUGUGGCGCGAACCAGUGUCUACCUGUUAAUUGCACUGCUGGUAAUUAUGGGCUUUUUUCACGGCUGUAUAUUUGCAUCACUGUUCCCGUUGUUGGCCAAUUGGUUUACACCGGCCGAACGGACAAUAGCCGUGGCCGCACUGGCCGCCGGUCAAAACUUUGGCAAUUUGUUUACUUUUCCGUUAGCCGGUUAUCUAUGUGACAACGGUUUUGCCGGUGGCUGGCCAUCAGUUUUCUAUGUAAUAAGUGCGGCACACAUACCUUGGAUUGUCAUGUGGUUACUGUGCGUUGAGGACACACCACUCCUAAGCAAUACUUGCGGUUUCAUUAAAUGCACGGACAGUGAAUUGAAAUAUAUUUAUUAUAAUAAAGGCUCGUUUGGAUCGCCAAAUAAAUCAUCAUCGGCUCCGUGGCGUCACAUUUUCACAUCCCGGUGCGUGUGGGCCACUAUUAUAUGCAAAGUGUGCGCCAGUUGGGGCUAUUAUCUAUACCAGACCAAAAUGCCAUCAUAUCUCGACAAAGUUUUCGGUAUGUCAUUGCUAAGCAACGGACUGUUCAAUGCCGGUCUAUCCCUGUCUACCGGUGUGACUAUGGUUUUAGGUGGUCCGCUGUCGGCACUGGUUAUCAAAAAGUUUGGCCACCGUUUGACCAAAACCCGUGUUCGCAAACUAUUCGAGUCGACAGCACUGAUAGGACCAGCUAUUUGUUUGGCUAUCAUAACAGUCAUGGGCUGUAACUCUGCAGCAGUAGUCAGUCUACUGAUGACCGCACUGUUCUUCUACGGGUUUGUAACGGGCGGUGAGUUCUCCAUUUAUGGCGAGUUUGCGCCCGACUUUUCGGGUACAAUAUUUGGCAUUGCGGCCACUUUGGCCUCCAUACCCGCAUUUAUCGGGCCGUACGCUGUGGGCGUUAUUUUAGGCGACACUCCCGGUGAGAGAAGUCGCUGGAAUGUUGUCUUUUACAUAACAAUAGCCAUCUAUUUGAUCGGUGCCGUCGGCUUCGAGAUGUUAGCAUCGGCUGAACCCCAGCACUGGGGUGUCAUUGGGAAUAUCGAUGGCUACGACACGUCCAGUGUUAACACAUUCAAUAGUGAUUGUAUUGAUAAAGAGAGAUAUAAAAUUACUACUAUCGAUGAAGUUAUUGAUGAAUGA